CUUGUUCCAAACGGGCUCCUACUGCACAUGUCCAAUCACUCCAGUCCCGACAUCACAGCUCCAGUGAAUAUUCUCGAUACAACCGACAACAGCGACACCCACCACCAACAACAACUGAUUCUGGUAAUCGUGGCCGGAUCCUUGGGAUUCGUGGUCGUGGUGCUCACAGUGUUGUGCUGCCGAAUGCGCAAGGCAGCGGCAAUGGCCAGCGUUGAUCUCAACGCCCUGGACCCCCCCGUCCAAGUAGGUCUGGCGAUGGAAACCGUGCUCGCGCGAUAUCAACUUGCUGGAAAGUUGCGCGGAAAGAAGCUCGUGGGGAACGGUACCCAUUGCGCCGUGUUUCGUGCACAUUACAACGAAGUCGAUGUGGCGCUGAAGACGCCGUUGGCAUGCAUUCUCAAGCGUGCUGACUGCGCCGAGACGAUGCAUGUGUUUAUGGACGAAAUCUGCCUCUGUGCUCGCCUUCAACACCCGCACAUUGUCACGUUUGUGGGCGUCGUGUACAAAUCGGUCAGGGACGUGACCCUCGUGACAGAGUUCAUGGAGCUGGGCAACCUCGCGACGGUGCUGGCCGCCAACGAAACCAACACCAAGUUCAAGUGGUUAUCUGCGAAGAAGGCGCCAGUGACCAAACUAACGUGGGCGAUUGGCAUUGCCGAAGCCUUGGCGUACAUGCAUGGCCUUCAGUUGACCCAUCGGGGGCUCAAGGCGAAGAACGUGUUGCUGUCCACGACAUUCUGCCCCAAGCUAGGCGAUAUGGGGCUCACUCGCGACAAGGAAGUGGAGCUGAGUUUGUCCAACACCCACAGCCGCACGGCGGGCAACAUUGCGCCCGAGCUACUUGCCCAUGCGACGGACUAUUCGUUUGCGGCCGACAUGUACGCAUUUGGCGCUUUGUUGUGUGAACUGGACACAUGCAAACCACCGUUUUCCAACCUCGAAGGCGGCGCGGGCGGCGGCCUCGACAACAAACAAAUUGCCCUCUUAGUGGGCCAAGGCAAGAUGCAGCCCAAGUUUAGCUAUAGCUGCCCCGAUCCGAUCCUCGACCUCGCCACGCAAUGCAUGGACUUUCGCCCGACCAAACGCCCCAAUGCCGUCAAAAUCGUGCAAGAACUGAAACUCAUCAAGGCAUCGUUGACUUAGAAAGCAUGCGUCGAUAUUAAAAAAUAAAAACUCGAUCAUCUUGGGCGAGGGGGAUGGAGAAGGGGUGGCAUGUCGUCGCUAUUACAACAAGGUUGAAGGACUGCUGCGAUGUAGGAUUAGCAGCGAAGGAUGACGUCGGUGGUAUACU